CGAGCUGCCAACGGGGAACGAGUGACGACGACGUGCUAACGAGUUAGCCGGCUAGCUGCCGCUAUCUGGUCAGACACCCACUUAAUAUAAAUAUGCCAAGCAAAAAGAAGAAAUACAACGCCAGGUUCCCUCCGGCGAGGAUAAAGAAAAUUAUGCAGACCGAUGAAGAAAUAGGCAAAGUGGCUGCAGCAGUACCGGUUAUUAUUUCGAGAGCCCUGGAGCUAUUUUUGGAAUCGUUACUGACAAAGGCCUGUCACGUCACCCAGUCUAGGAAUGCGAAGACAAUGACAACGUCACAUCUAAAGCAGUGUAUCGAACUGGAGCAGCAGUUUGAUUUCUUGAAGGACCUGGUGGCAACAGUGCCAGACAUGCAGGGCGAGGGGGAAGAGAACCACACUGAGGGUGGAGGAGAAAAAGUCUCCCGCAGGGGUCGAAAGCCAGGAUCUGGGCGCAAGAACGGCGGGGCCGGCUCCAAAGGCAAGGACAAGAAGUUAUCUGGCACAGAGUCAGAGCAAGAGGACGAUUCUGAAGACAGCGAGACAGAGGGGGACGAGGAGGACGGCUCUCAGUCGAGCACAAAUCUACAGACUGCAGCCAAGUUUCACAGCUCAAACGCGCCCCCGCAGCUCAUGCCCAUGGGCAACAUGGUCCCCAUGGGGGGCAACAUGGCUCCCGCACAUCCACAGGGCGCCAUGGCCUUCGCCCCGCACCCCUCCAUGAUGAGUGUCGCCCCGCCUCCACCAGCCCCCGCGCCGCACAACGACGAGGACGACGACGACGAAGACUAUGACUCUUAGCUCCGCCUCUCGCUCUCCCUCUCUCACACACACACACACACACACACACAUGCGUGUAUACACACAUACAUGAAAAUGAACGUGUCCUUUCAAUGUUAUUUUCGGGGGGAAAAGACUCUUCAUCGCUGCGCGCUGGCAGUAAAAUGCUCCUCAACGUGCGGCUCAAACAGGACCCCGCCGCCACUGGAGACAGGAAACCGCUUGUAUAGUAUGUGUUUUAAUUUUCUUUUACUUUUUUUUUUAUUAUUAUUAUUUUAUGAUAGAGAAGAGUCCGACGUGGAUGUUUUUUAACCAGUCAGUUCUUCUACUUUGACUAUUAAAAUGGCAGUGGUCGCUGUCGUCGCCCGUGAGCCUCCAGGAUACAGCAGACAGGAUAGGUGUGGUUUGUGUUGCCUUGUAGCGUUUUCUUUCUUAUUUUCUUUUUUUCGGCACUUUCUUUUAUUCCCUCAAACCUCUGUAACCGACACGAUGAAGGGAACUUAUCAGUCAUCAUGUAAACUCUCAGGUUGGCUGAAAAAUCGCUCGAUCUGUUCAUGUUAGUUCAAGCCUGAUUACAGCCUUUAAAGCUCGUGACAAAGACCAUUAGGAAAUGGAGACAAUUUCAGGACAAGAGCUUGUAAAGUAAGGCGAUCAGUCACAUAUUCGCUGUAUUAUAUUAUGUCGCUAUCACUCGGCUAUGACUGACUGCUGUUAAGGCCCCACUCGCGGGCUUUGCUCGUCGCUUCAGUUGUCUGGCUCUGACACAAACGAGGAAGCAGGUGUAUUUUUACUAUAGGUUAGCCAGCAACAGCUUUUUUUUCUUUCUUUUUUUAAAUUAAGAUUCUAUUUUUAAUUGGUGUUUUUUAUCAUGAGAACUGUAAAAGCUUCAUGACCACGGCCCUGGAGAUGACACCCAUAUCAGCAGAGGUUAUUGAUUUACAUUGUGUUGUUGUUUUUUUUGAUAGUGUCAGGCAUUUUGACCUUUAUUCUUUUAUACGGCCGUUAAACCCCUCGCCACCCCCUCAAGUUGAAUUGCUCAUCAGAAUUAUGACUCUCGAUUCUUGACUUUGUUUUUAAAGUUUUCAGUAACCUCCUCCUUUAUCUUACAUUGUUUUAGACGUAUGUCCGUUGAAAAGCAGAGUCGGGGGCUCCCAUUUGUGUGUCAGUCUCGGUAUGAAAUGUUUCCAAAAAAAAAAGACAGUUGACACUGUAUUGUAAACUUUUAACAUUCUUUUUAUUUUGUAUGGGUGAAAUAAAGUUCAUAUUUCAAUUUGAAA